GAGAAACUUCAAAAGAAUACAAAGAAAAAUUAGAAAAGAGGGACGGAGAAAAUGUCGUCCCCGUACGGCAAAGUCGACGAGCAUGAACACAUAAGGCUCGAAGCUCGUCGUAAGACGAGAAAGAACAUCGCAAUCAUCGCUGUAUCACUAGUCAUUCUCGCCGGAAUCGUGAUCGGAGCCGUGUUUGGAACCAUGGCUCAUAAGAAGUCAUCAGAGACAGAGGAGACUAAUAACAACGGAGACUCAAUCUCCGUUUCCGUUAAAGCUGUUUGCGACGUUACGUUGCAUAAAGACAAAUGCUUCGAAACCCUCGGAUCAGCUCCAAACGCGAGCAGUCUCAAUCCAGAAGAGCUCUUCAAAUACGCAGUCAAAAUCACAAUCACCGAAGUUUCAAAAGCUAUCAACGCUUUCUCUUCAUCCUUAGGUGAUGAAAAGAACAACAUCACCAUGAACGCUUGCGCUGAGCUUCUUGACCUAACGAUAGAUAACCUCAACAACACGUUAACGUCAUCAGCAAACGGUGAUGUCACGGUUCCUGAGCUAGUUGAUGAUCUCCGUACAUGGCUGAGCUCAGCCGAGACGUAUCAAGAGACGUGCGUGGAGACGUUGGCUCCAGAUAUGAAGCCGUUCGGAGAAAGUCAUCUCAAGAACUCAACGGAGUUAACGAGUAACGCACUAGCGAUCAUCACGUGGCUCGGAAAGAUCGCUGACUCUUUCAAACUCCGGAGGCGUUUGUUGACAACUGUCGACGUGGAUGUGGAAGUCCACGCUGGAAGGAGAUUGUUGCAGAGCACGGAUUUGAGGAAAGUGGCCAAUAUUGUGGUUGCGAAGGAUGGUUCGGGGAAGUAUAGAACGAUAAGUAGGGCUUUAGAGGAUGUGCCUGAGAAGAGUGAGAAGAGGACGAUUAUAUAUGUGAAGAAAGGAGUUUAUUUUGAGAAUGUGAAGGUGGAGAAGAAGAUGUGGAAUGUUGUUGUGGUUGGAGAUGGAGAGAGCAAGAGUAUUGUCUCUGGUAGACUUAAUGUCAUCGAUGGAACUCCAACUUUUAAGACCGCCACAUUCGCUGUGUUUGGAAAAGGGUUUAUGGCAAGAGACAUGGGCUUCAUCAACACCGCUGGUCCAUCCAAACACCAAGCCGUGGCUCUAAUGGUAAGCGCGGAUCUCGCAGCCUUUUACCGCUGCACAAUGAACGCAUACCAAGACACGCUUUACGUGCACGCUCAACGCCAAUUCUACCGUGACUGCACCAUCAUUGGAACAGUCGAUUUCAUCUUCGGUAAUUCAGCAUCAGUUCUCCAAAACUGCCGGAUUCUCCCUCGCCGACCAAUGAAAGGACAACAAAACACAAUCACAGCUCAGGGACGUACUGAUCCGAACAUGAACACAGGAAUCUCAAUUCACCGUUGUAACAUCUCUCCACUCGGUGACCUAACCGAUGUUAAGACGUUUUUAGGUCGACCAUGGAAGAAUUUCUCGACGACAGUGGUAAUGGACUCGUAUUUGCAUGGGUUCGUUGACAGGAAAGGUUGGUUGCCUUGGACCGGAGAUUCUGCGCCGGAUACUAUAUUUUACGGUGAGUAUAAGAAUACCGGCGCUGGUGCGUCUACGAAGAAUAGGGUUAAGUGGAAGGGAUUGAGGUUUCUUAGUAAGAAGGAAGCGAAUAGGUUUACGGUGAAACCGUUCAUCGACGGAGGAAGAUGGCUCCCGGCGACAAAAGUGCCGUUCAGGUCCGGCCUCUGAGUUUGUCUUUUCCGUUAACGAGAUUUCCUAUUCAAAUCCCUCUUCUUUUUGGAUCUUGUAAUAUAUAAAUAUAUAAUUUUUUCAUUA